GACGUCCAUCCCAGCGUGGUGACGUAAGGGUUACGUACGGCACAUGUAACCCACAGUUGCGCAACUGCUUAUGGGUAACUUAAGGUCUUGUCCUGCACGUUGACAUUGGGAUAGAAACCUGACAGCGGAAUACUUCUCAGCUGACUUCAAACGGGGCAGGAUGGGAGCCUCCUUGUCCACACCUGAUGCUCCUACAGUCAGGGCAGAGGCCAUGAUGGCCGCCCCUCCUCAGGGUUGCCCCAUGCACCAAGAAGCACAGCCUGUCAAAGUGUCACCACCCUCAGAGUGUCCCAUGCAUCAAGCUCAGCCUGUAAAAGUGUCGCCUCCAUCAGAGUGUCCGAUGCAUAAAGCAGAAGCAGGUCCAGCUCACCAGGACCGGGCCUAUGAGUUUGUGGAGUGUCCUAUGAAAGGUGCAGCUAGUGACAUCGACCCAGCAAACAUGAUGCCUCCUCCUAACCAGAAGCCAGCACCAGACCAGCCCUUCAGUCUGUCCACCUCCAGACAGGAGUCCACCAUUCCCCGUCACAGCGCAGAGAAGAACUGGGUUUACCCGUCUGAGCAGAUGUUCUGGAACGCCAUGCUGCGGAAAGGGUGGCGCUGGCGUGAAGAUGACCUUGCUGCUGAAGACAUGACCAACAUCAUUAAAAUCCACAACAAGAAUAAUGAGCAGGCUUGGCAGGAGAUCCUGAAAUGGGAGGCCAUGCAUGUAGAGGAAUGUCCAUGUGGGCCGACCUUGAAGAGAUUUGGUGGCAAAGCCAAAGAGUUCUCGCCCAGGGCUCGCUUUCGCCACUGGAUGGGCUACGAGCUGCCUUUUGACCGCCAUGACUGGAUCGUUGACCGCUGUGGAAAGGAGGUGCGCUACGUCAUAGACUACUAUGACGGUGAAAUCGACAAAGACACCUACCAGUUCUCCAUCCUGGAUGUACGCCCCGCCUUUGACUCUUUAGGUGCUGUCUGGGACCGCAUGAAGGUGACCUGGUGGCGCUGGACCUCCUAAAGGACUCUGACACAUGAACACACACAUAGGUCACAGUGUGGAUUCAAAACCACACAUACAGGACUGUGAAACUGUCGCUCCUCAUUUCUUCUCUGUACAUGCAGUGCUGUGAAAAGAAACCAUAAACAAGACCAAUGAAGAAAAAGAAGUUGACUCAUACGACGUUAGUGUUAGCAGACCCUGACUCAGUUAGGCUGUAUGAAGCUUCAUCUGCUAUCAUGUUGAUUUCAGUGAAAAAUUUAAUUUUCACAGGUUUUUUUUUAAGCAGCAUGUGCAUCUAAUUCAGUGGAAGUGUUUGCAAGGUCACAUGUCGCUCGUCCCGCCCUCACUCUGCUCUCUCUACUGAUAAAACUAUAAGGAACACUCCAUUAAUUUUCUGAAUAGUUCACCAUGGCUAAAACUAACUGAAAGAACACUCAGAAAAACUAUAAAUAUCGGUUUGAACAUCUUCAGGGUAACUAAACUGAAGAUGAUGAUGUUAAAAAAGGUCUAGGCAUAGAUGUUCAGAUGGAAGAUGCUAUUCUGUUGCAUUAUAAAAAAUCUGGUCUGUUCUCAUAUGAGGGACUAAAUGUCAGGAUGCGUCAUUAUCGGCUGUCUCCAUUGACUGUUCUGUUUUUAUGUCUACUGAUUUGCUGAAACUUAAUGAUUUUUGUUUCUGUAGAUUAUUGUUGCUUCUGAUAGUUUUAUCUCGUGGCAGAUUUGAAUCAAGUCAUAGGUUCUCUGGAAUCAAACAUUUCCCAGUGGCCAACGCUGUUCGUUUGGAGUGAAAAUAUCUGAAGUCUCUACGAAUGAAAUUGUUGGUGAUUUAAGAUCACAUUUAGCAUGUUGCCUUUAUUGGUUAGUUGACAAAGGGACAGAAAAUGCAGGUGUAGAGAGGGGGGCAGUAUGACGGAAUCGUACAGGCGACAUGGUUAAAUGAUCAGCAUCUUGGCAACUAGGACACCUCAGCUUUCAACAGGUGAGUUGUUGGUCCAUGUUUCCCUCUUGAUGUAACAGCUGUUUUAACAACCUUUGGAAGAGCCAGGCAACUGUGGCAUUUGUUCCGGUUGGGAACCAACUUUUCAGUUUCCGAACAGUUAUUUCUAGUAAUGUGUGUGGGAACUAAUCCUCACAGUCCAGAGGUUUCCCUUCAUCAUCUUCACUCUUCACACACAGUUUUAUACAGUAAUGUGACCUGCUGACUGACUCCUUGUUUGCCCUCUUUGCUUGGUACUGUGCAUCCGCUUCACAUUACUUCACAUGUGGAGCACAGCGAUGGGAUUAUGUUUUACCAGGAAAAUCUAUAUUGGUGGGAUUGACUUGACAGAUUACCAUGUCGACUGUAUAGCGUGGUAUGGGAAUGUUAGUCUAGUUUGGGUAGACCUUCAGUAUAUAUUGUUCUAUUUUUGUAAAAGGAUAAGGCUGGCUUUGAGCCACACUGUUAACCCUGUCACUGUCCACCUUUUCCCUGAUUUGUUGAGUUGGACAUCGGAUGUAGAUGAUAGUAGGUUGUCUGUUAACAUAUCGCAUCAUCCUGUUCUUGCAGCAUACUUCAUGUACUAUCACACUUUACUGUUCAUCAUACUAAUGGAUACAAGCUCUGUAGCAUCUCAGUUCAUCUGAAUUUCUGUCCAUCAGCUAUAUUGGAUGUUUAAAUGUACCUUUGCUCUUGCAUUGUUCAUCUGCAGCUUCUUCACAACAAAGAGAUCUGUAUUACAACGUUGCUAUAUAAUUUCUUUUGCCCUGUCAUUCUGAUUUUUAUUUAUUGUUGGAUGAAUGUGUGCAGAAUCUUGAUGCUUUUGCUCCUAGAAACCAGAUGCUUGUGUUCCUGAUUCUGAAGAUGAUUUCACUUGCUCUGAUGGUCAAUAAAAUGAUCAAUAAAGCUGGCCUUUUCUGCCUAUGAAUGA